UUAUUAUACAACAAUUUUUUGCCUAUUUAAAAAUCCUUUUUUUGUUUUUUAAUAUCCUCGAUCUAUCCCAAGAACUCAUCUUUUUAAAUCCCAAUCCAAACCCAUUUUCUCUCAUCAGCCCGUUUCUCCUCUCUCUCUCAUCUCACUUUCACCAUGGCCACUGAUGAAGUGACCAAGCCUUCAUCGCUCCCCUCUUACUCUGAGAUGAUUUUGGGGGCGAUUGAGGCGUUGGAUGAGAAAUCUGGGUCGAACAAGUCCUCAAUCUCGAAGCACAUGGAAUCGAAGUACGGAGAUCAGCUGCCGGAGGCUCACUCGUCGCUGCUGACAGCGCAUCUCGCGAGGAUGAAGGAGAGCGGGGAGAUUCUAAUGGUGAAGAACAACUACAUGAAGCCCGGCCCAGAU